AUGUCCCCGUCAUCCUCGAAGCGAAGCAGCAAUGGCGGCAUCACCACCAUCGACAAGCUCGACUACCUGCCCCAGAACUCGCCGCGCCGCCCGCUGCUCGCCCCCGACGACAACAGCGACGCACACUCCCACUCCCACUCCAACUCCAACUCCAACCGCCGCAGCCAGGACACGAGCUACGCCGGCAGCUUCUUCGAGCACGUGGCCGAGGGCAUCAUGGAGCGCGACCGCGAGCGCAUGCAGCGCAUCUUCCUGCGCUGGCUGAGCUUCGGCUGGGCCAUUGUCAACUGCCUGUGCGCCGGCAGCAUCACCGCCUUCUCGCUGUACGGCCACCUGUUCCAGUCCAAGCUGCACUACACCCAGUUCCAGGUCAACUUCGUCUCCAUCGGCGCUGAGCUCGGCCUGUACCUGCCCGUGCCGAUAUUCGGAUACCUCUGCGACCGCCUGGGGCCCGGCGUCCCCUCUGCGCUCUCGGGCCUCCUCUUUGGCCUGGCAUACCUGCUGGCCGCCUUCACAUACAAGAGCGGCCCGCCGCCGUCUGCCGGUGGCCACGGCUGGUCCUAUGGCGUCAUGGUGCUGGCCUUUGCCCUGGUGGGCAUGGGCACCUCCUGUAUGUACCUCUCUGCCGUCACGACUUGCGCGAAGAACUUUGGGCGCGGAAAUGCAAAGGGCAUCGCACUCGCCGUGCCCAUUGCCGCCUUCGGACUCAGCGGCAUGUGGCAGAGCCAGAUCGGAAGCCGCGUGCUGUACGAGAGGAACCCCGACGGCAGCAAAGGAGAUGUCGACGUCUUCCGCUUCUUCCUCUUCCUCGCCAUCCUGCUGUUCGUCGUCGGCCUUGUCGGCUGCUUUGCCCUGCGCAUCAUGGACGAGGGCGAGAUGAUCGACGAGGCAGUCGACGAGCUCGAGAGAUCCGGUCUGCUGGCCCAGGACAAGUUCUUCACCCAGGCCGCCCACCACCACGGCUACGGCACCAUGUCCACCCACGACCUCUCCGACUCGACCUUUGACUUCCUGCAGUCCGAAGCCGAGGCCCUCAAGGCCAAGCACGAGGAAGAGAAGCGCAAGAAGACGUGGCUCCUCAACGAGGAAACACGCCGCUAUAUCCUCGAUCCAACCAUGUGGUGGCUCGCAGGCGGCUUCGUCCUCGUCACCGGUCCCGGCGAGGCCUUCAUUAACAACCUCGGAACCAUCAUCGACACCCUCACCCCACCCCACGUCUCCUCCAACACCUCCCCCGCGACCCACGUCUCCAUCGUCGCCAUCACCUCCACCCUCGCCCGCCUCCUCACCGGCACCCUCUCCGACAUCCUCGCCCCCGUCGCCCCCUCAAACCAACACCGCCGGGGCCCAGACUCCAUCGCAAACUCCCUCGCCUCGCUGCCCCCACUCGACCACCAACCCAAGCGUUUCUCCGUCUCCCGCAUCACCUUCCUCCUCGCAUCCGCCCUCGUCCUCUCCCUCGGCCAACUCCUCCUAGCGUCCGGAUGGGUGCAAAACCACGCAUCCCGCUUCGCUGUCAUAUCCGCCCUAAUUGGCUCCGGCUACGGCGCCGUCUUCUCCCUCACCCCCAUCGUCGUGUCCGUCGUCUGGGGCGUCGAGAACUUCGGCACGAAUUGGGGUAUUCUAGCCAUGACGCCUGCUGCAGGUGCGACGCUCUGGGGCGCUGUGUACGCUGCUGUAUAUCAAAAGGGCGCGGAUGGGAGCGAGAAGGGCGAUGUCUUGUGUCAUGGUAAAGGUUGCUAUGCGCCGACUUUUUGGGCAAUGGCGAUUAGCGUCUGGGUCGCCAUGGGAUUGUGGGUGUAUGCGUGGAGAGGGCCUGGUGGGUGGAAGAGGAGGGGUGUUGCUGUUUAA